UAGUGGUUGGAGAAGGAGAGAUGUGCGUUUUUUCUCUCCGUAGUAGAUCCCGUGACUCGAAAAGGGAGUUGUGCAUAUUCGUAGUGCAUGAUUUUAAGUGCUAAAUCUGUGAUAGAUGUGCCAUAGGUCAGUUCGUUUCGGAAAAUUGAAUACCUGUGUAGUGUUUUGUUUUAGAGUUUCUGAAAUUCAAAACAUAGAAAUAUUAGGAAAACGUGUGUAAUGACACAGCAAUGCACGGGGCAGGAAAUGUCGCGAAGAUUACCUGUGUAAAUUAAAAUACAGUAGAUUGAUCUCAUUCUUUCCUUGAUGAAGUAAAUGUUCCAUUGUGUAAAUGACCCUUGCAACAGCGUGAGUGUAAUGGAGAUGCGCGACUUAAUAUCCGUGUCAGAUUGAAAAGUUCUGUUGCACAUCUUGCAAUAUGAUGAUCGGGCCAGCGCAGCGAGCAAUGUAAAUAAUCGUAUUUUCGCGAUAAGACCCGAGAUUUUGUGCGAUAUGGAGAUAGUGCGAUGUGUCAUUUUUCGCAGACGUCGCGCGUGAAUUUGCAUACGGGUUGCUGUUGAUGAGGGAUUCACGCUGCACUGGGGUUGCAAUAUUCAUCUCUCCUGACGACUGGUAUUGUCUUAUGUGCGCUAAGAUCGUCCGUCGGUUGUGAAAGUGAUUGCACAAGGAACUAAAUCAUGCACGUUGCUAGCACUGGGAAGCGUGGCCAGUCUUGAGCAUCCUUGGGAGAUCGAAGCCCUGCACGACGGAGGCCAUGGAGGAGAAGCCGAGGAAGCCCCGUGUCAUAUACAGCCCAAACCGCAACAACAACAACAACAACAGCAAUAGCAACAACAGUGAUGAAGGCGUCGACGUCCCUCACUUCACCUCCCACUUGACCCCUCACCUGACCGCGGGCGUGGUGGGCGUGGUGGAGCCCCAAGACGCCCUCGCCGCCCACCUCAGCGAGACGUUUCGCGCCGAGAUGUACUGGGAGGUCCACAAGGCGCACCAUUACCCCAAGAACACGGGUUCGAGCCUCGACACGUCCCUGGAGGAGUUCGAGGAGACGUCUGAGAACGAGGAGGACGACGGUGAAAUGGGCGUCGAGGAUGACCGAGAGGCGUUCGAGGACGAGAGUGAGGACGGCGCCGAUGGAGGCGACGCGGCGCGGGCCGCCGACGGCUCGGAGGAGAGCGGGUGCGAGACCGAGGCGACGCUGAAGGCCAGCGGGACCGACAAGGAGGACGGGAGCAGCGCCAGGUGCUGCGACACCGAGAUAAGCGACGUCGACGGAGGAGAGGGGGGACUCCGCGCCAAGGAGGACGGCCAGGAGGAAGAGGUGAGCCUGGAGGAUGAGAACCGCCUCGAGGACCACAUCCGGCCGGGCUGGAGGGAGGUCGAGCUGUUCAUCAAGGAGGAGGGGGAGGGCGGGACGACGCCCGGGAAGAAAUUGUCCGACCAGUCCUCCCCGCUGGGCGACACGGCGUCCUACUUCGGGAGCACCGGGUCCUUCUUCAGCAGCACCGGGUCCCACAUUGGGAGUUCGGGCUCGCACAUCGCCAGCACGAGCUCCUACUUCGGCAGCUCGGGCUCCUACCUCGGGAGCCCCCACUCGGGAAAAGUGCAGAAGGGGACGAAGGCCGAGGAAGAGAGAGACGAAGGAAUCAAAACCGAUGCCAACGACACGGACUUGGGCGACGGCUCCGACUCGGACGCCGGGGAAACCGACUUCAACGAGUCGGCCAUGGGGGAGUCGGAGUACAACGACACCGACUUGGGCUGGUCCGAGUGCCACGAAACCGACUUGUGCGAGUCGGAGUGCAACAUCACGGACAUCGGCGGGUCGGAAUGCAAUGAAACGGACAUAGGCGACUCGGAAUGCAACGAGAAGGAGGACGAGACGGACAUCGGAGACACAGAUUGCCGCGGCUCCGACGACGACGAGGACGAAGAAGAAGACGAAGGCGAAGAAGAAGAAGAAGAAUUAGAAAGCAACCGCAGUGAAAAUGACAACAACGCCAAAGCAGAUCCAAAGAGGACGAAAGAAACAGACGGCGAAGAAGGAGCAGACGAAGACAAGAAGAACCAAAAUCAAGCGACCAAACGAAAGGAGGAACCGAGGAACAACAGCAAGAACGCGCAACACGGCGAACUCGAACUCGAGAGACCCACGAGAGAGAGAGAAGUACAGAGAAGAACGCAGAGACAGAGAGACGAACGAAUGAUGAAGAACUUGAGAACGCGAGAGAAAUAUUCCAGAUCUCGCUCGCCGCUCAAGGAAAAGGAGGAAGAAGACACUCGAAAGACGCAGGAGGUGGUCGCCCUCAAGACGCGGCUCGUGAAUCUGAGGAAAAUCAUCCACGAGAAGAACGAGGAGAUAAGGGAGCUCAAAACCCGGAUGAAGAUCGAGAAAAAAAAUGCCAUGGCGAGAGUAAUGGCACUGCAGAGAGACAAGCAGGCGCCCCCCGAACUCGGCCUGCAGCUGGUGACGAGUGCCGAACUAACGCACCUCCGUCGGGAACUCUCCGCCCUGCGUCAGGAGAAAGAGCGCCUGCGGACCGAGCUGGCGGCGAGGGUAACCAGCGAGCAAGAAAAGGCCCUGGAGCUGCGCAAGUGCAAACAAGAACACGAGAAACAAAUAAAGUUCGUGAGAGCCGAGACGAGGAGAGAGUGCGUGCGCGAGACGAGGGCCAUGAGCGACUUGGAGCGGGCGAUUGUGGCCAAGGAGAAGGUGCUCCGUUACAAGAAGACCCUUACGUGUGGUGUGAAUGUAACCCUGAAAUAG